AUGGCUUGCCCUCAAUUCAAGGUCGUGGUGCUCGGGGAUUUCAUGGCCGGAAAAACGUCGCUGGUCAACCGCUUCACCCGCGCGAGCUUCGACCCGGACAUCCUCAACACGGUGGGCCUUGACUUUCAAGUGAAGAAGGUGCGUGCGUCUCAAGACCCUGUAAAGCUGGAGCUUUGGGACACUGCUGGCGACCCGCGAUUUCGAUCCUUGAUACCGCAGUACGUCUCGGAAGCAGAUGCCCUGCUGGUGGUGUAUGACAUUACAAACCUGGAGUCUUUUGCGACAGCCAGGCGUUGGGUCCUCGAUCUGGAGGACCUGGCCCCAAGCGCCCUGCUGGCCCUCGUGGGUACGAAGGUGGACAGGGGCAGCGCCCGAGCCGUGUCCAAAGAAGAAGCUCAGAUAUUCUCAGAAGCGAAGAAGAUGAUCUUUGCCGAGACAAGCGCAAAGACAGGUGAGAAUGUGGAUGCUCUCUUCGCAGCCUGGCCAACCGAUGCAGGAAGAGCUAUCCGAGCUUCUACCAGGCCAUUUGAGACCAGCACCCAGGCGCAUGGAAGAGCCCAGCCAAAACUCCGAAAGGAGGCGCUGCUGCUUCUUCCACAUGGCGUAACGCCCGCCCGGCUGGCCCGGCUGGCCCAGCACACCAGCUUGGCGCAAAGGCUGUGGGACUUCUUGUGGUCCCACGAGCUCAUUCAGGCUGCAUAUGCCUCAAGUGCCGUACUGGCAUCCUUGCGUGGUGCAGAUCAGGCCGUACUGUGCUUGCCCAACCUGUCUAGCAACAUCCUCAGGCACCCUCCAGGCUGGCAGAAGUUGAACUUGCAGGCAGUGCGACGUGCCCAGCUACCGCGGAGAGGCCAAGUUGACCUUCGCCCUCUUCCUCUUCAGACUGCUCUUUGCUGGGAUGCGCCUGCCACGCUUGCGGACACAGAGGUGGAGGAUCUUGAAGAAGAGGAGGCAGAAGAAGGUGAGCUUUGUGCCUUGGAGCUCGGGCUGAGUGAGGAAGAGGGAGCGCUGAGGAGUUCCAUGGUGCUGGCGCCAGGUGGGAGGAACUUUUGCAUGCAGCUGCGAUGGUUUCCGGAGGGUAACGCCCUGUGCUCCAGCGAGUCUGGCUGUUCCUUCUACCUGGUGGCCGAGUGCAACGAGGCCUUGACCUUUGAGCUUGUCGCGGAUUCACUCCACAGGGUGCUGCGACAUGAUUUCUCUAGCGGCCCCCAAUGGGGCUGCUCCGACUUCGGCGACCUCCCUCCAACUGGAGGCGCUCCGGCAGCUGCAGCCGCCCCCCGUGUGAGGCUGCAAGUACGGCUGUUGGAAGCUCCUUCACGCUUCCAGUUGCUGCGGCCUUCCUGUGAUCGUGCGGUCUGGCGCAUGGACGACUGGCGAGGUAAACAAGCUUUCGGGCCGGCGGCCUAUGUGAGCGAGUCGAUGGGCAUGGAGAGCUGUCCGUCCUUGAAGCUGCUCUUGGGCUUGGGCCCCGAUGCAUCUCGGGACCUGGUGAGUGCGAGCACCACGCGGUGUCCACCGCGCAGGGACGUGGCUGCUGAGCCCUUGGCCUUGUUUGCCUCAGCGGCGCCCAACGUCUCACUCCGCUUCGCCUUGCAGGUGGGCGAGCGAAGACGCAUCUUCUUCCACCACUUUAGCCUGAUGGCUGCCUUUGCUGGAAGCCGUUGCUUUCUGCAAGCAGCCCAGGAGGCGGUGGAAGUCCUGGGCGCUUCUCCCUCCGUGGAGGUGGCGGUGGAAGUCCUGGGCUUCAGCCCCGUGGGGGCCGAGGAGGUACCUGACUUGCUACCGGCGGUCUGA